CUGGAAUUCAAAGAGCAAAAACCCUAGCGAGGAAAAUCAGAAGGAAAAUUGACCCCAAAUUCCUGUUGAAUCCGGAAUUAUCUGAAAACAUUUUACGGCAACAGAAUCAGAGAACUUUCCUAGUAAAAGCAAAAGAGAAAAAAAAGAGUAGGAAGGAAAACGAAUCUAUUUUAUAUGCGAAACACAAAUGGGGAGUGGUGCUAAAGCAAGAGACGAGGAACAAGACGGAAUGUCCGCACAUUCUCCGUGCAAAGCUCCUCCUUCUUCUGCUUCUUCUCUCCCCAAGGAGCAGUCUCAGGUUGAAUUGGAGCUUAGACUGCUACAAGCUCUUGAAAUCUAUCCUCCCGUUAAACUUCAAGGCAUACAUCGCCACUUUGUUCUUUUUGGUUUGAUGGAAUUCCUGCGAAGAAGUUUUGACAGACAGUUCUCUGCUGAUGAAGUUCUGCAGUUGUUGGAUCGUUUCUACAACUUGGAAGUGUUGAAACCGGAUGAUGAGGAUACGGAAAUCUUGAAUCACGAGGAAGAUUUUAGCUUGCCUCAAAGUUUCUUCGUCAAGGAAGAAUCAUAGAUGGGACACCUUUUGUAAAUACCCUUGAUGUGUUUAUCUCGUCGUGAUUUACUCGUUCUGUUUCAAACCCUCCUUUGAUUAGGAUAUGUAAUGGUGAUUGUUGCUAUGAUGUACGUGGGAUUUUAUCAGGUGAAAGUUUUUAUAAGCGUUAGUGGUAAACCUUGGAAGGGGUGGUUUGCUUGUCCUUAUAAAAUAGAUUAGCGAUGCUUAGUCCCUUUAAUGUAAAGUUGACAGAUUUAUUUUAAUUUCUUAUUCUUGUCAACAAUAAGAUUUCCUUGGCAAUAGCCUAGCAGGAGAAUAAACAUUGCUAGAACCUUUUUGUCAUGUUCA